AUGAGUGAACAGCAAGAGCAGCAACUUGAGGGUGGGACUACCGCACCAGUGCCCACCGACCUCUCCAACGAGGAGGCGCCCAAGGAGGUGGUGGAAACGUCAGUACAGCAAACGAUGCAAAUCGAUCCUGCGCUUAUCGUCGACGAUGUAAAUUACGAGAAGCGUUACGAUGAGAUGCAGAAGGAGCUGGAGCGAGAGUCUUUUGACCCAACGCAACAUCUCGCCCGCCUGGAGGGCGUUAUGGCAAGCCUGCUAAGCGGCAACUGUGCACUCAGCCGCGAGCACCAGACCUUCUUCCUGCAUAAGGGCCUUCCCACAGUCGUGAGGGUUCUCACCAGGCGCAGGUUCAAGGACAACGACGACCAGUUCCUGCGCACGAACGAGUUCUUCACGCGCGUGCUGGACCUCAUCAUUGCCACGAUGCCCGCAGACAACCUCGAACUGCUGGAAACGCUGAACCGUAUCUUCGAUGACAACCGCGCCUACUACUACCAUCCCUACGAGAAAGAGGAUCUGCUGUACGCCAGGCUCCAAUCCCAUAACGACGAGAAUAAGGCCGAGAAGCCGCUGGAGAACUUCGCCGUACCGUCGAAAACGAUGCGCGCGUCCAGGUUCUUGGUGUACAACGUCAACUACUUCGCCAACAAGGGCGGUCUCAAGGCCAUGGUGACACGAGUGAACAACACUGAGCCGCACCUCUCCGUCCCGCUCAUCAAGCUGCACAUCAUGGCGUGGAACAAGGCAGAACCACCUUCGCCCCUUUCUCCUCUCACUUUGGAUGUCCAAAGCUAA